AUGUCUGCAAUUGAUAAAUUAUCCGUCAGUACCAUCAGAGGUUUAUCUGUUGAUGCCGUCAAUGCCGCCCAAUCAGGUCACCCAGGUGCUCCAUUGGGUUUGGCUCCAGCUGCUCACGCUUUAUUCAGAAAGAUGAAAUUCAACCCACAAGACCCAAAAUGGAUCAACAGAGAUAGAUUUGUUUUGUCCAAUGGUCAUGCUUGUGCUUUGUUGUACUCAUUGUUGGUUUUAUACAAGUAUGAUUUGACUGUCGAUGAUUUGAAGCAAUUUAGACAAUUGAACUCCAAGACUCCUGGUCAUCCGGAAAGAUUGGAUACUCCAGGUGUUGAAGUCACCUCCGGUCCAUUGGGCCAAGGUAUCUCCAAUGCUGUUGGUAUUGCUAUUGCUCAAAAGCAAUUUGCUGCUACUUACAACAAGCCAGAUUUCCCAAUCUCUGACUCCAAGGUUUACUCAUUCGUUGGUGAUGGUUGUUUGAUGGAAGGUAUUUCUUCCGAAUCUUCCUCUUUGGCUGGCCACUUGCAAUUGGACAACUUGAUUGCCUUUUGGGAUGACAACAGAGUUUCAAUUGAUGGUGACACUGCUUGUGCAUUUACUGAAAAUGUUCCAGAAAGAUACAAGGCUUAUGGAUGGAAAGUUUUGGAAGUUCAUGAUGCCAACACCAACAUUGAAGCAAUUUCUGAUGCUAUUGAUGAAGCCAAGAAGAUUAAAGGUUCUCCAGUUUUGAUUAGAUUGGUCACCACCAUUGGUUACGGUUCUGAAAUUGCUGGUACCGGAAAAGUCCAUGGUGCUCCAUUGAAGGCUGAAGAUAUCCACCAAUUGAAAAAGGGUUGGGGUUUUGAUGCUGAAGAACAAUUUUUUAUUCCAGAUGAAGUUGCCAACUAUUUUGCUGAAAAGGUUGAAGAAAACAAAAAGGAACAACAAGCUUGGGAAAAAUUGUUCAAUGAAUAUAAAGCCAAAUAUCCAAAGGAGGGUGCUGAAGUUCAAAGAAGAUUGGAUGGUAAAUUACCAGACGGUUGGAAGAAGGCUUUACCAACUUAUACUGCAAAAGACAAGGCUGCUGCCACUAGAAAGUUGUCAGAAAAUGUUCUUGAUGCUUUGUACCCUAUUAUUCCUGAAUUGAUUGGUGGUUCUGCUGAUUUGACUGGUUCUAACUUGACCAGAGCUGCCAACUCUGUUGAUUUCCAACCUCCAUCAACCGACUUGGGUAACUAUGGUGGUAGAUAUCUUAGAUACGGUGUUAGAGAACACGGUAUGGCUGCCAUCAUGAAUGGUAUUGAUGCCUUCGGUGCCAACUACAGAAACUACGGUGGUACUUUCUUGAACUUCGUUUCUUAUGCUGCUGGUGCUGUCAGAUUAUCAGCUUUAUCCCACCACGGUGUAAUCUUUGUUGCUACACACGACUCCAUUGGUUUGGGUGAAGAUGGUCCAACCCAUCAACCUAUUGAAACUUUGGCCCACUUGAGAGCUAUUCCAAACAUGUCAGUCUGGAGACCAGCAGAUGGUAAUGAAGUUUCUGCUGCUUACAUUUCCGCCAUUGAAGGUGUCCACCACCCAACGGUCAUUGCCUUGACUAGACAAGGUGUUCCACACUUAGAACACUCUAGCAUUGAAAAAGCCUUGAAGGGUGCUUACACUGUAUGGCCACAAGAAAAACCAAACAUUAUCAUUGUUUCUUCUGGUUCCGAAGUUUCCAUCUCCAUUGAUGCUGCUAAGGAAUUGGAAAAGAAGGGCGUCAAGGCCGCUGUUGUUUCCGUUACCGAUUUCUUCACUUUUGACAAACAACCAAUUGAGUACAGAUUGGAAGUUUUGCCAGACGGUGUUCCAAUCUUGUCUGUUGAAGUCUUAUCAUCAUUUGGAUGGUCUAAAUACUCCCACGAACAAUUUGGUUUGAACAGAUUUGGUGCCUCAGGUAAAGCUGGGGAUUUAUACAAAUUCUUCCAAUUCACCCCAGAAGGUAUUGUCAAGAGAGCCGAACAAACUAUCAAGUUUUACGAGGGAAAGACAAUCUACUCCCCAUUGCACACUGCUUUUGAGGAGUUGCCAUAG